CCCUCUCCCUCAUCUUCUACACAUUUCCAUCCACUCUUAAAUUUCAAUUUGUCUGUCUGAACACAGAGUGAGUGAGCUACAAGAAAAAUGGGGUUUCUCUUCCUCCUCUUCCUCUUAACACUCUCUGCUGUUAAUGGCGAUGAAGAUGCUUUCAUUGGAGUGAACAUAGGAACAGACAUGACAGACAUGCCACACCCAACACAAAUAGUUGCACUCCUCAAAGCCCAACAAAUCCGCCACGUCCGCCUCUACGACGCGGACCGCGGCAUGCUCUUAGCCCUCGCCAACUCCGGCAUCCGCGUCGCCGUCUCCAUCCCCAACGACCAGCUCAUCGGCGUGGGCCAGUCCAACUCGACCGCCGCGAACUGGGUGGCCCAAAACGUCGUGUCCCACUACCCCGCCACCAACAUCACGACCGUCUGCGUGGGGUCCGAGGUCCCCUCGGCCCUCCCGAACGCGGGCCGCGUCUUGGUCGCCGCCCUACGGUACGUGCACUCCGCGCUCGUCGCGUCCGGGCUCGAGAAGCGGGUCAAAGUCUCGACCCCGCUCGCGUCCUCAAUCAUCCUCGACUCGUUCCCGCCCUCCCAAGCCUUCUUCAACCACACGUGGAAGCCCGUUUUGGUCCCCGUGCUCGAGUUUCUGCAGUCGACCGGUUCGUUUUUCAUGAUCAACGUCUACCCGUACUACGAGUACAUGCAGUCGAACGGCGUGAUCCCGUUGGACUACGCCCUCUUCAACCCCCUCUCCGCCGCGAAAGAGGCGGUCGACUCCAACACCCUCCUCCACUACACCAACGUGUUCGACGCGAUGGUGGACGCCGCGUACUUCGCGAUGGCAGACCUCAACUUCACGAACGUCCCCGUGGUGGUGUCCGAGUCGGGCUGGCCAUCGAAAGGCGACCAGAACGAGCCGGACGCCACCUUGGAGAAUGCCAACACUUACAAUAGCAACUUGAUCAAACACGUCAUAAACAAAACGGGGACCCCGAAGUACCCGGGGAUCCCGGUAUCCACGUACAUCUACGAGCUGUACAAUGAGGACACCAAACCCGGGCCGGUCUCGGAGAAGAACUGGGGACUGUUCGACUCGACGGGCAAGCCGGUUUACAUCUUGCAUUUGACCGGGUCGGGUUCGGUGUUGGCGAACGACACCACGAGGGAGACUUAUUGUGUGGCCAAAGAAGGGGCGGACGGGAAGAUGCUUCAAGCGGCUUUGGAUUGGGCUUGUGGGCCCGGGAAGGUGGUUUGCUCGCCGUUGAUGCAGGGCGGGCCGUGCUAUCAACCGGACACGGUGGGGGCCCACGCCACGUACGCUUUCAAUGCGUAUUAUCAGAGUGCAGGGAAGGCUGCUGGGAGUUGUGACUUCAAUGGGGUGGCAACUGUCACUACAACCAAUCCAAGUCAUGGUUCAUGUCUAAUAGGAAGGUAAUUCAUCUCAAAAAAUGAAAAAAAAGAACUUUGCUACUCCCAAAGUAGUCCCACACUCCCACAUUCCCAAAAUAACCCUACCCAUUUUUUCCUUUUAAAUGACUGAAAAAAACACUUCUCACUUGCUUUAUUUCCUAUUUUAAGUGGGAUUUCUAUCUCAUCUUAACAAACUUUAAGCAUAUAAUUUUCACUUUCAACCCCUUUUUUUAAAGCCAAAUUGGGCAAAGUUAUUUUGGGAUAAAGGGGAUGACAAAAAUAAGUACUUUGGACCCAUUCAAUGAGAGUCAUAAUGAUGUUGAAACAAAACUGUUGAUGUGGCAGAGGGGAGAAAAAUGGGACGUUUAUGAACGGAACAGCUCCGGCGGUGGAUUCGAAUCUAACCUCGGCGGCCUCCCGCACGCCGCCUCGCCGGAUGAACUGCAAAUCCAUCUUCGCAUCACAAGUAUUGGUUGCAGUCUUAGGGUGGAGCUCAACUCUGUUGUGGUAGCUUAGCUUCUUCAAUGGAGAAACCCAUUUAUCUCUUCUUCUUCUUUUUGUCUUUCUUUGGUAGGUAGAAUUGAUGGAUGGAUGGAUGGAUGGAUGGAUGGAGCUUGUUGUGACCAUGAUCUUUGGAUGUGGGAAUUUUUUUUGUGGCCAUUUUUUUUGUGCAUGACUAAUGUGGUCUCUUAGGUCCAAUUUGCUACUAGGGAAAUAUGAUGUAUUAUUCUCUUUGUUGUGAACUAAGUAGUAAGUGCCACAACUUAACUCCUUGCAAACUUAUUUGGCUAAAUGACAAUUUGAGUUAGUGGUUGAGUUGGUUU